UUAAAUGUCAUCUUUAGCUUAUAAAAGCGUGGCACCGACAUGGGUUAUAGGGUUCGGCGGUCCAGUAUGUUGCAGUGCACAUGGUUUUGAAUAGCCUAGAAUAGAUUUGCUUUCAGAAAAAAAUCACAGUCAGAUGACAAUAAACUGAUAACACGUCUACGUGAAAGAGUGAAAGCGGACUGGAAUGCAAACAAACCCACUCCCAAAAUCGCGGAUACACGCUUUGGUUACAGGUGUACGUGUUUCGGCAGCAGCCUCGAUCCCUCCGAAUUAAAAAAAUGCGAAAUAAACGGGAGCGCAAAGUGCGCAACGCGCCGUGUGAUUUUAUUUUUUUUAGUGUUUUGUAGACGUUUGAAGAGAUCCGGCGGGGGUUGGUGUUGGUUUCGUGGGAGGAAAACGUUUGAGGAUAGAUGUUAGACGAGGAUUGAUUUGUUUCACCUCAGGAAGUGAGUGUUGUGUCCGGGAAGGGGAGGGACUCCGACAACAAGUCUGGGGCGCUGCUGCGCUGCUUUCCAACGCUGCACCAGCGCAACGUUUUGUUGCUAAAUACUGGACCCAGUGUCUUGUUGUUUUUUCUUAAGAAACACGCUGCACACUUCUUCUUUUAUUUAAAGUUUGGUUUAAAAGCGCGUUUUGCACGGCUCUGCCCGGACCGGCUUGGCCUUGCCUGGCCUGCAUGUGCAGAGGAGGUGGGGGGGGGAGCCUACAGCGCAGGCUAACGGCAGCCGGCGCUUACUGCUGCCACACACGUAUGUCAAGUUGUCCGUGAACUUUGGACCCAUUUGGGGGCCAUCAUGUCGAGCCUGCUGCUGCUGCUGAGGAACGGAAGCAGAACGGUGCCGGUAAUCCGCGGCGGGCGCACAGCAACCGGAGCACUUUCAGGAGUUCAUCCGGUCGCGCGGCGCUUCAUCAUAGAUAUGUCCUACUCCGCGCACUUCAUGGAUUUUAACGGAUCCUCCAUACCGAGCAGUAUGAAAAAGCUGGUCGUAAACAAGCUCAGUCCUGAUUUCAGGGAGGCCGUUUCUACGCAAACCGCCGCGGUUCCGACACCCGGAGACGGGGACUUGCUCGUCAGAAAUCGUUUUGUGGGAAUCAACGCCUCUGAUAUUAAUUACUCUGCAGGCCGGUACGACCCCUCGGUAAAGCCCCCCUUCGAUGCCGGUUUCGAGGGUAUUGGGGAGGUUGUUGGCCUUGGCCUUAGCGCCAGUUCCUCUCACACCGUCGGGGACACUGUGGCCUACUUCGGCAGCGGUGCGUUUGCCGAGUACACGGUGGUGCCAGCCAAGGAAAGCGUGCCUGUCCCCGCGGUGAAGCCAGAGUUCCUCACCCUGCUGGUCAGCGGUGCCACGGCCUACAUCGCCUUGAAACGUCUCGGCGACCUGGCCAAAGGGGAGACGGUCCUGGUCACGGCGGCCGCAGGAGGAACGGGACAGUUUGCCGUGCAGUUUGCCAAACAGGCCGGUUGCCAUGUGAUCGGGACCUGUUCGUCCAACGAGAAAGCCGGCUUCCUUAAAUCCAUCGGCUGUGACAGGCCGAUCAACUACACCACAGAAGACCUGGCCAAGACGCUGAGGAAAGAGUACCCGCAAGGCAUAGACGUGGUGUACGAGUCAGUUGGAGGCAGCGUCUUCGAACUCGCAGUGAACAGUUUGGCCAAUAAGGGCCGGCUGAUAGUGAUUGGCUUCAUCUCGGGGUACCAGACGGCAUCAGGGAUCCCUCCCUUCAGAGGGGGAACACUACCGGUCAAGCUGCUCCAGAAGUCGGCCAGUGUUCGGGGUUUCUUCCUGCCCCACUUCCUCGGUGACUACAGGGAGGCUCUGGGUAGCAUGAUGCAGAUGUAUGCCAAGGGGAAGUUAGUGUGUGAGGUGGAUUGUGGGGAUUUGGCACAGGAGGGGAGGUUCGUAGGCUUGGAGUCAGUCUUCCGAGCUGUGGACUACAUGUAUGCUGGGAAAAACCUGGGCAAGGUGGUGGUGGAAGUGGCACCACCCCCUGUUAGCAAUAGUAAGCUGUGAUUUAUUUAACUGAUUGUUAAUGAACAAAAAAAAAACAAAAAAAAACCUAAACUCAAAUGAUUGUUGCAAACGGAAAAUGUAGGGCUUUAUUCUUUUUGAAUAGAUAAUUGUCUUUAUUUUUGUAAGAUGAUUGAUAUAACAAUGUAAGUAAAUCUACACAAUGCUUUCACGAAUAAACACAAUGAGCACAUUUGUUUUUUGCUAUUGUGGAUUUGGAAACUACAUUCAAAACGUGUUAUUAUUAUUUAGUGAGGGUUUAGCAGUCUGUCAUUUCUGAUCAUAUUGAACAAAUAUUCUGAUUAAAGAUCAGGAACAGUAGACUCA